CCUAUGGUAUUUCACUUCCACCUACCAAAACCACUAUGGAAAUAAUAAAACAACACCUAACCCCCAUUACCUUGUCACUCUUUCCUCCUCAACUUAGCUUCCUAUCUUCUUUUCCCUAACUUCCCAUCUCUUCUGCUCAAUCUAAGUCAAUUUAUAUCUUUCUAGCGGUGAAUCACCCGAGUCUAUAUUGGUGGAUCCGACCCUGUAACUAUGCAACUCCAUGGAUGCUCCGCAACCCUUUCCCAGCAAUCUCACCGCCAUUGCAUUGUUCAAGAUGCUUCCUUUUUUCAUCAAUUUCGACCUGCUUCCUUCUCUUCUUAUUUCCAAUCAUCGACCAGAAGAGAAAUGACUUUUCCCCGAUUAAGUGUCAUAGUGAGAUCUCAAAGCAGUUCAGAUCCUAUGGAACUUGAUAUCUCAUUGAGUCCCAGGGUUAACUCAGUUAAGCCGUCCAAGACUGUUGCUAUAACCGACCAAGCGACUUCCCUUGUACAAGCUGGUGUGCCAGUUAUUAGAUUGGCUGCAGGAGAGCCUGACUUUGAUACCCCAUCGGUCAUAGCUGAGGCUGGCAUUAAUGCUAUCCGUGAAGGUCAUACGAGAUACACUCCAAACGCUGGAACCCUAGAACUCCGCACUGCCAUCUGCCGUAAACUUAAAGAGGAAAAUGGAAUUUCUUAUUCGCCAGACCAGAUUUUAGUGAGUAAUGGAGCCAAGCAAUCAAUUCUUCAAGCAGUGCUUGCUGUUUGUUCACCAGGCGAUGAGGUUGUAAUUCCUGCUCCUUAUUGGGUUAGUUACCCGGAGAUGGCGAGAUUGGCGGAUGCGACUCCGGUGAUCGUUAACACUCAAGUAUCUAACAAUUUUUUAUUAGACCCGAAACAUCUGGAGUCAAAACUCAGUGAGAAAUCAAGGCUUUUAAUUCUAUGUUCCCCAUCCAACCCUACUGGUUCUGUUUACCCUAAGGAACUUCUUGAAGAAAUUGCCGCAAUAGUGGCACGACAUCCACGCCUUCUGGUCUUGUCUGAUGAAAUAUACGAGCAUAUUAUAUAUUCACCGGCAAAGCAUACUAGCUUUGCUUCAUUACCGGGAAUGUGGGAGAGGACGUUGACUGUCAAUGGCUUUUCCAAGGCCUUUGCUAUGACCGGUUGGCGACUUGGAUAUAUUGCCGGUCCUAAACACUUUGUUGCUGCAUGUGGAAAGAUCCAGAGUCAGUCUACGUCUGGUGCCAGCAGCAUAUCCCAGAAAGCGGCAGUUGCUGCACUCGGAAUGGGCAAGGCUGGCGGAGAGGCAGUAGCAACAAUGGUCAAAGCGUUUCGAGAGAGACGUGAUUUCCUAAUCAGAGGAUUCAGUGAGUUAGAUGGUGUCAAGAUAUCAGACCCACAGGGAGCUUUCUAUCUGUUCCUAGAUUUCAGCUCUUAUUAUGGUUCAGAAGCUGAAGGGUUUGGUGUCAUAAAUGGGUCGGAAUCGUUGUGUCGUUAUCUCCUCGACAAAGCUCAGGUUGCGCUAGUUCCGGGAGAUGCUUUUGGGGAUGACAGUUGCAUACGAAUUUCGUAUGCAGAAUCACUAUCUACACUUGAGCAAGCCAUGGAGAACAUCAGGAAUGCUAUUCUUCAGCUCAAAAUUCCAGUGUCUGUUUAAAGCCUACUUUUUAUAAAACUACCAUUUACACAAGUACCAUUUUCCUAUAGUGUCAUUUAAACAUUAAAUUUUUAUUAAAUUGUUUUAAAAAUUAAUAAAAAAGAAAGAGUUGUCUUUGUGUUUUAUAUGUGAUGUGUCUUGACUCUUGAGUAAUUAGCUAAAUUAAAGUUUAGGGAAAGGUCGUCUAUGAAUAACGAACUUCCUUGUAACAAAAUAAUGCUUUUUUUCUCUACUUAUUGUAGAGAUUUGGUUUUCACUAAUAGAUCGAUAAUGCUUUCUUUUACUUGA